GGCGGGGCAGAGGGCGGGGCCGGUCUCGCGCUAGCGCCCCCGGCUCCGCAGCGGCUUCGCCCGCAGGUUCCGCGGCAGGCGAGCGGCUCGGUCGCCCCCACCGGCCCCAUGGCAGACCCCGGCUCCUCAGCCGAGUACGGCUACAUCCGGACCGUCCUGGGCCAGCAGAUCCUGGGACAACUGGACAGCUCCAGCCUGGCUCUGCCCUCCGAGGCCAAGCUGAAGCUGGCGGGGAGCAGCGGCCGCAGCAGCCAGGCGGCCAAGAGCCUGCGGAUCCAGGAGCAGGUGCAGCAGACCCUGGCCCGGAAGGGCCGGAGCUUCGUGGGCAACGGAAGUCUCCACCGAACCAGUAGUGUUCCUGAGUAUGUCUACAACCUACACUUGGUUGAAAAUGAUUUUGCUGGAGGACGUUCCCCUGUUACUAAAACCUAUGACAUGCUAAAGGCUGGCACAACUGCCACUUACGAAAGUCGGUGGGGGAGAGGAAAGGCACAGUACAGUUCUCAGAAGUCGGUGGAAGAAAGGUCCUUGAGGCAGCCUCUGAGGAGACUUGAGAUUUCUCCGGACAGUAGCCCGGAGAGGGCUCGUUACUCGCUCAGCGAUUACCAUUACAGCCAGAGGAGCCAGGCUGGGCCUGCCCUGCGUCACCAAGAAAGCCGUCGGGCCACCCUGCUCAUGCCACCGAGAUACGCUCGCUCAGAAAUCGUGGGGUUCAGCCAUGGCGGAGCCGCAAACAGGCAGCGCCACUACGACACGUACCACAGACAGUACCAGUAUGGAUCUGUUAGUGACACCGUUUUUGACAGCGUCCCUGCCAACCCAGUGGUGCUCACGUACCCCAGGCCGGGGACCAGUCACAGCCUGGGCAACCUCCUGGAGAAGGAGAACUACCUGACGUCAGGGCCUGCCGCCGGGCAGGUGCGGCCUCUGGUGCCCCUGCAGCCCGUCACUCAGAACAGGGCCGCCAGGUCCUCCUGGCAUCAGAGCUCCUUCCACAGCACCCGCACGCUCAGGGAAGCCGGGCCCAGUGUCGCCGUGGACUCCAGCGGGAGGAGGGCGCACAUGACCGUGGCCCAGGCGGCGGCAGGGGCCAGUGGGAAUAUGCUCUCAGCGGAGAGAAGCACUUUCACCGACUCCCAGCUCGGGAAUGCAGACAUGGAGAUGACCCUGGAGAGAGCAGUAAACAUGCUUGAUGCAGACCACACACCACCGUCCAGGAUUUGUGCUGCAGCGACUUUCAUCCAGCACGAGUGCUUCCAGAAAUCUGAAGCUCGGAAAAGGGUGAAUCAGCUUCGUGGCAUCCCCAAGCUUCUGCAGCUCCUAAAAGUUCAGAAUGAAGAUGUUCAGCGAGCCGUAUGCGGGGCCUUGAGAAAUUUGGUAUUUGAAGACAAUGACAACAAGCUGGAGGUGGCUGAACUAAAUGGGGUACCUCGGCUGCUCCAGGUGCUGAAGCAAACCAGAGACUUGGAGACUAAAAAGCAAAUAACAGGUUUGUUGUGGAAUUUGUCCUCUAACGACAAACUCAAGAAUCUCAUGAUCACAGAAGCCUUGCUUACCCUGAAUGAGAAUAUCAUCAUCCCCUACUCGGGGUGGCCUGAAGGAGACUACCCCAAAGCAAAUGGUUUGCUCGAUUUUGAUAUAUUCUACAACGUCACCGGAUGCCUAAGAAACAUGAGUUCAGCUGGCCCUGAUGGGAGGAAAGUGAUAAGAAGAUGUGAUGGACUCAUUGACUCACUGGUGCAUUAUGUCAGAGGAACCAUUGCAGAUUACCAGCCAGAUGACAAGGCCACAGAGAACUGUGUGUGCAUUCUUCAUAACCUCUCCUACCAGCUGGAGGCAGAGCUCCCAGAGAAAUACUCCCAGAGUAUCUAUAUUCAAAACCGGAAUAUCCAGACUGACAACAGCAAAAGCAUUGGGUGUUUUGGCAGUCGCAGCAGGAAAGUAAAAGAGCAAUACCAGGACAUGCCGAUGCCAGAGGAAAAGAGCAACCCCAAGGGUGUGGAGUGGCUGUGGCACUCCAUCGUGAUAAGGAUGUACUUGUCCUUGAUCGCCAAGAGUGUCCGAAACUAUACACAGGAAGCAUCUCUAGGAGCUCUGCAGAAUCUCACAGCAGGAAGUGGACCAAUGCCGACGUCAGUAGCUCAGACGGUUGUUCAGAAGGAAAACGGCCUUCAGCACACCCGAAAGAUGCUGCAUGUCGGUGAUCCAAGCGUGAGAAAGACUGCAGUCUCCCUGCUGAGGAAUUUGUCUCGGAAUCUUUCUCUGCAGAAUGAAAUUGCCAAAGAAACUCUGCCUGAUUUGGUUUCCAUAAUUCCUGACACAGUCCCAAGUAGUGACCUUCUCAUUGAAACUACAGCCUCUGCCUGUUACACGUUGAACAACAUAGUGCAAAAUAGUUACCAGAAUGCACGGGACCUUCUACACACCGGGGGCCUGCAGAAAAUCAUGACCAUUAGCUCCGGCGACGCCUAUGCCUCCAACAAAGCCAGCAAAGCCGCUUCAGUCCUCCUGUAUUCUCUGUGGGCGCACACAGAACUCCACAACGCCUACAAGAAGGCUCAGUUUAAGAAGACAGAUUUUGUCAACAGCCGGACUGCCAAAGCCUACCACUCCCUUAAAGACUGAGGAAAAUGAAAAAGUACUCGCAGAAGUAUGGGCCUCACCAGUCUCAGCUACAAAAAGCCCCAAAGGAAAACACCUAUUUUUCUACUACCCAGCCCAAGAAACCUCAAAAAGCAUGCCUUGUUUUUAUCCUUUUCUAUUUCCAUGGUCUCCAGUAUCCAGAAAACAAAUAAUCAGAACAUAAUUUUGUUAGUCUUCCAGAAGACUUUUUCAAGUUUGCCAUGAGUAGAUACUGGCAACAGGCUCUAUCUUACCCUCUGCAAAUAGUGGUCUUUGUUAUCAGGGCCCAUGGCGCACGGUCUCCUGGAACCAAAAUGUGAACUCACGUAGAAUGAACAUUAACAGAAUAAAUAAGGAAAGAAGCUGUUAUAUUACUAGGAUUUUAAAAGUUUGAUUGACUGUUAUAUUCCUUUUCUGGUUUCCAUGUUUUGUCACUCACGUGCACAUUGCUUCACCAUUGAGCUACAAGUAUAUUGUUCUGCAGUGUUGAAACAGAAUGGAAAUGACAAGGAAUAUUUGCGGGGUUAUCCAGGAAAAAGUCUAAUGGCAAAAAUUGUGCGUUGGUUUACUUCGUGUUUGUUUUUAAUCCCCUUGGGGUUUUUUUUCUCUGAUUUUAAAUGAACUUAAGAAAUUUAGAUUACAGAGCAUGCAUAACUGUACGAAAAAGAAGUGAGAAGACAUGAUCAUAGCAAAUUAAAAAAUCUUUUCCACAGAGAAAGGCAAUUAUGGUUAUAAAAUUCAUUAUUUCCUGUAAACACUGAGUAAAUGGGAUUGUUCCUCAAGGAAAUACUUUACCUAUAACAAUACCAUUAAAUGCAGAAGUUUCCUAAACAGUGGAAUGCAGUGUGAUGUAUGUCCUGGGCUUUUUCAGCCGCUGCAUUGGGCUAGUGGAAGAAUAGACUCUAAUCUUUAGCUACAAGAGGAACCACGGCCAUGUCAGACUUCUGAGCCAGCCCAGGGAACUAAAACCACAGCUCAUUUUAAUGAGUUACUUUAUCAACCAGCCAACUUUGCCCAGCAUUUAAAAAAUAACAUGGAGCCACUAAAUUUCAUGAUUUUAAGUCAAGGAAACUCUAGAGAAGAAAAGUGAAGGAGUCAUGUUGACGAGGAUAUAAGAAGCAUCAAAGCCAUCCACGAAUGAUACGAGAAACACUGACGUUUAACAGGUGUCACCAUCAUCUAAUGAAAUGGUUCCGUAUUAAAUGUUAUUUUAACGGGGCUGUGAUUAAAACCAUUCAUAUAGAAUUAGUCUUCUCAACUACAAUUCUGUAGUGGUAUUUUGCUUUUUUAAAAAAAUCUAAUGACGAUUGUCAUAAGAAAGUAAGAUAGGGAAAAAUCCUUCAACUCCCUUUUGGUCAGAAAUGUGUAACAGAAAAAAUAAAAUUUGAAUGUAUACUUCAGUCUUUAUUGUAUUUGGAACUUAACAUUGUUUUCAAUUUUAAAAGCUCAGUGAAGACAACUUAGGUUACUAACCUAGGUCAAAAUGAAAUUUUUUAGAUACCAAUUUGUAAAAUAUUGAAGAGAGAAUUUCUACUCCUUUUCCAGAGUUCUGAUGAUAAGCAUCUGAAGUAUGUUUAUUCUACCAGACAAUAGCUGUAUGUUCAAGAACCUUCCAUGAUUUCUUAAGGCAUAAAUGGAGCCUUCAAUAAUAUUAAACACAAAAUGAGGCAAAGGUAGCGUUGGUUGCACUGGUAUCUGUGUAUAUCUGAUUUAUUUGUGUAUCUUGGUAUAUGUGGUGUGAUUGACAUGAAAUUUGACGAUUUGGCCUUGUAAACUUCAACUUCAAUUACUAAGGGUUUAAUGCCUUGUAAUUACUUAUAUUUCUUCCCUAACGUCCUAUAUUCUUUACCAAGAAACAUUUCCUAUAAUAAAAAUGGGACUAGCCAGUGCCCAAGGCAUAUAAAAAUGGGGAGACACACAAAUAUGGUAGCUAUGGUUAGAUUUAGCAUAAUGAGUGGGUCUGUGACCGUGAAAAGACAGCCUAUGUUUGACCCUCAUGUCCUGCUUUGUCCACUUUGUUUGCAAACACCUCACUACUUUACUAUUUGUCACCCCUCUAGGGGAGGUCCUUGUGUAAAUGAACAGUUUUGAUCACAGGUCUUUACACAAAGCUUUGUUUCCUUUUGUGUCCCAGACUCUGCCCAUGUCAUCAAAGGAACUGACAGACCAACCUGGGCCUUUUUGUUUAUUUUGUGUGAAAUAUUCUUAAGGACCGCUGUCAUGUCAAGAAUUCUUAACGAUCUUCUGGAAUAUGAGAGGUUGCUGCCCUAGAUUUCCAUCACUGGAAACAUUUGUUUAUACUUAAUGACAGUAACCAAAGGGUUAUCUGGUAAGAUAGAGAGGGGAUUAACAUGUCAAGUGGGAGAAGAAGCAGCAGGAGUAGAUAAACCACUUUAAAACCAAUUUAAUCACCCUCUGAAGAAGCAAUUCCUUAGAUGAAAACAGGAGAUGGGAUUUACACACACACACGCACACACACGUAAAUAUAUACAUACUAAUAUAUACUAUAGUCACAAGUGAGAUUUCCCCUAAAUAAAAUUUCUAAUGGACUUACUGCAUUGGAAUGAGGAGAACUUCAGUAUGUGUAUACUUAGAAUAAAAUUGCAGAAACCUCAAAUCACAUAAUCUCAGGAUUAGGAGGGAAUUUAGAAAACAUCUGGUCAAAUCCUCCUUAGAGUAUCUUCUUGCAUGAAAAAGACUCAGUUCUUAUUAAUGUGGCAGAGAAGGACAAUAUGCAAUCAUUCAUUCAACUAAUGCCCAACAUGACCCUAUAACUGGCUUAAGACUCUGUAACUGUUGCAUUAAAGUAUUUGUUGUGGGAGGGGAAACAGAUUUAGAAAAAGAAACAAACUUUCCAAAAUAAAAUUCUGCUUUAAGAUUUUGGUUUA